AUGUCUUGCGAGUCCGUUGCCUCUCCCAAUGGAGCUGCGGGAUCCUUUUCGCCCUGUGUCCUCACGUACCUGACCGAGAUCUUCGACAACAACGCGACCGAGUCGACGACGAAGAAGAAGGAUUGUGGCCCAUCGAGUCGGGUCGGGAACAAGGCUCCUGCCCAAGCCUUUGUUCACGCGAUUCAGGGCGGCGAUCCUGACCCCGACAACCCCCUUCUGCAACAUGACUUCGUAGGCAUGCACGAGUUCUUGGUGCACAUGGCAUCUGGGGGCGCCGACGCAUUGGCUCUCCCUAGGAUGUCUGAUUUCUUGCAACCCCUCUCCGAUUACUUCAUCAAUUCGAGCCACAAUACGUACAUCACGGGCAAUCAGCUCACGAGCAAAGCCAGUGUUGAACCCUAUCGAAAUGCACUUUUACGAGGCUGUAGAUGCAUUGAAAUCGACGUGUGGGAUGGCAUAUCGUCCGCGGAAUGUUCCAAUGGCCCCAAAGGUGAUAAAACAAGCCGUCGGUCGACGCCCAAACCGGACGGUCAUGGAGAGAGGAAAGCAAACAUGCGGUCUCGAGGCGUCCCGGGGAAAUUGUCUGGCUCACCACUGGCAUGGCUCUGUCAGGUUCCACGCCUGGGUUCAAAACAUUUCUCGUCCACCGCAAGCCCAUCCCCCUCAGCUUCACCGAACUUCAACGGAGUUUCAACGACGUCUGCAAAGAGACGGGAGCCACGGGUCGUGCACGGUCCUAGCCUCAGCAAAGGCGUCCCCUUUCGAGACGUCUGCCAUGCCAUCCGCGAGACCGCGUUUGUCUCGAGCGACCUACCAGUGAUUAUCAGCCUGGAAGUCCACGCGAGUCCCCAACAGCAAGAGGUCAUGGUCGACAUCAUGCAGGAAAUCUGGCGAGAAUUCCUCGUGGACCUCGAUUCGAUGAACGCGACAUCCUCGGGGACGUUGCCCAGCCCUCACGAGCUUCGGCGAAAGCUCUUGAUCAAAGUCAAGGGCCCACCGCUUGAUCACCAUGCAGAGAGUGGACAGACCGAGGAUGGUCAAGGGCCUAAGAAUCCGGGAGCCCCCCCGAUGCGCAAGGUUAUAGAUCUGCUGAGCUCCUUGGCCGUGUAUACCCAAGGGUACUCCUUUCGGGACUUUUCACAGCCCGAAGCCUCCCUGCCCACACACAUCUUCUCUCUGUCCGAAGCUGCGAUCCGGAGACUUCACAAGAACGACGCGGACUUGCUGUUCGCACACAACAGGAGCUUCCUGAUGCGAGUGUUCCCGUCCGGGCGGCGCGUGGACUCUUCCAAUUUCAACCCUUGCUUUUUCUGGGGCCAGGGAAUCCAGAUGGUGGUGAUGAACUGGCAACGCCUGGACGCGGGCAUGAUGCUCAAUGAGGGCAUGUUCGCAGACGCUUCCGGCUGGGUCCUCAAGCCAGAGGGGUACCGGUCCGACGAGGUCGCCUCGGCGUCGUCGGGCGGAGGAAAGCCUUCCUUCGCAGCAGCAGCGGCGGACUCCACGCUCAAACGACGCAGUCUAUCCCUCACCCUGACGCUGUUUGCGGGCCAAAACAUCCCAACUCCCACGGGUGAGGCUCCCGACCGAAUCAAUCCCUACGUGACGUGCGACCUUCACCUCAUGAUACCCAGUGAGAGGGCCCUUGACAGCUUGAACACCACGGAGAAAAAGACGGCACAAAAGCCUAGAACGUAUAAACGGCGUUCGGCACCAAGCAAGGGCCCAGAUCCCGACUUUCGGCGCGAACGGUUGUGUUUCCCCUGGGUUUCGGACGUGGCUGAAGAACUCAGCUUUCUGCGGUUGAAAGUGAAAAAUCGUCAAAUUGGGAAAGACGGUCUCAUCGCCUUUGCGUGCAUGCGGCUCGAUCGGUUACGGCAGGGAUACAGAUUCAUCCGUCUGUUUGACGACAGGGGCGUUCGCAGCGAGGGGAGGAUUUUGGUAAAGAUCGAAAAGACAUCGUCAUCUUCAUCGUCGUCGUAGGCCCUCUCUAAUUCACGAAUCCGGAAACUGAGGGAGGGAGGGAGAGUAAUGGAUCGCAUGGUCCUGACUGGGCCUUUUUCAAUUUUUUGCUUUUCGGUGUGUUUUCGGUAUACAAUGCCUAGCCACCCUC